AUGUUCCACGAGUACCGCCGUCGCCGCGUAGACCUCGCGUUUUCCUACAAGGCUGCUGUGCACUGGGAAGCAUGCGAGAACAUGCGCUACCGCAUUGACGAGCUCCUUGCCGCCUGGACUCGUGUCUUUCCCGAUAACCCUCUGCCUACACCUCGCCAGCCGGAGCCGGAUUGUACGACCUCCCUCUCGCGCUCUCUCUACCAGGCGUUCCGCAACAAUGUGGCCGUCAAGAUCAAUCCUGGAAAAGACGACGAUCCCCGCUGGGUUUAUCGCAACGUCCGCGAGGCCAGCAAGGGUGACAUUGGUCUGGAUCUGUCUCUCUCGCACAACUGCUGUCUGAGGAAAGGAAUCUGGCCCAAUCCCGGCAACGGCAAGUAUGAGGUCGAGUCCGCCACUGCCAUCUCAGAGCAAGACCUCAAGGACUGGGUCGACGACAAGAACGACCAGAUCAACCUCCCUGGGCCAAGGCAGACGAUUCCGGGCGCCGCGCCAAGGCCGGCAUCGAACUGA